UCUUUCCUAGACAAUCACUUAAAAUUAUGUUAUGCAAGAAAUUUAUAAAAUUACUCUGCUUGAUUUGUCACAGAUCUGUAAACAUAGCAAUGACUCUUCUUCAGCUUUUCAAUGCUUUGGUACUUUGGUUUUCACUGUAGAUGGUAAUAAGUUCAGUUAACACAGAUAAACCUGAAGAGAAAAUUUAUUCCUGCCAAGUAAUUCAGCACAGUGCUCCUGCAGUCAAUGGCUUACUAGGCAGAGAUGGAAGAGAUGAUCCCACAGGUGAAAAUGGUGAACCAGGAGAAGGAUUGAGAGGUCUACGGGGUUUCCCUGGAAAAGCAGAACCUACAGGAAUAGAAGGAAAUUUAGGACUGCAAGAAGAGAAAAGAGGAAAAGGAGAACAUGGAAGUGAGAAAAACGUGUUAAAGACAAACAUCAAGAGUAUUGGUGAAAAUAUAUUUGUCUCAACUGGAAAAGAAGACACUUUUGACAAUGGAUCCCUUUGUGAAAAAGCUGGAAGCGCACUUGCCUCUCCUGGGAAUAAGGCUGAGAAUACAGCUUUAAAAGACUUAAUAAGACCUUCAAAGCAGGCUAAUAUCAGAAUAUCUGAUUAACAGACUGAAGGCAGGUUCAUGUAUCUGAAUUGAGGGGCUGUAACUUACACAAAUUGGAAUGCUGGAGAACCAAAUAAUCGAAAAAAUGAAGACUGUGCAGUAAUACAAGACUCUGGAAAAUGGAAUUAUGUUAAUUAUUCAAAUUCACGUGCCUCAAUUAUUUAUGAAUUUUUGAGCUGAUGAAUCUAAGGAAACACAAAGUUUUUGCUCUCGCUUGCAUGGCUGAUAUAGAGGUCUGAUCCCAUAAAGGUGGCCUGGAGUAACCAGAACUAGAGUGUAUUUGUAAUUGUUUUCUCUUUGACAUUCAGUUUUCAAUCUCCAAAUAAAAUACAGAUUUAAUUUUUUCAA